AAUAAAACCCGUCUUGUCUGAAAUCUCCAAAGAAAAAUCUCCCCCUUUCUUUCUCUCUCUCUCUCCCUCUCCUCCAUGGCUCUCUCUUCUGUUUCAGUCUUUAGCCAUCCACUCUUCAUCUCCACCACUACUCGCCGCCCUUUAACCACUAAUUUCCACCGCCGUCAUCAUUGUUCCCCUAAUUUUGCUACUUUAAGCUCCUCUUCUGAACCAUCAUCAUCAUCACUUCCGGCAGUAGCAGCAAUUCCUCCUUCAAGUAGUGAAAGUACUUUGUCAUCUAAAACUCAACAUCCAAAACCCUUUAUUGAAUCAUCAAGACCCGAUGAUCCUACCAGCUUUAACUAUGCACUAGCCACUCCUAAUGGUAAUCUCUUCCUUGGUUUUGCUCGUUCCACUGAGUCCAACAUUGAAAAGGCAAUUUUUGACUUCCGCUUCCUGGCACUUCUGGCUAUUGGAGGUUCGUUGGCCGGUUCACUGUUAUGCUUUCUAAAUGGCUGUGUUUACAUAGUUGAUGCUUACAAAAUCUAUUGGACAAGCUGUGUUAAAGGGAUUCACUCAGGGAAGAUGGUUCUUCGAUUGGUUGAAGCAAUUGAUGUUUAUCUUGCUGGGACAGUCAUGUUAAUUUUUGGUAUGGGCUUAUAUGGAUUAUUCAUUAGUAAUGUGAAUCCAAAUGUGCCCGCCGUUGCUGACCGUGCCCUCAAAGGCUCAUCCUUGUUUGGAAUGUUUGCUUUGAAGGAGAGGCCAAAAUGGAUGAAAAUAAGUUCCCUGGAUGAACUAAAAACUAAAGUGGGACAUGUUAUAGUCAUGAUUCUUUUAGUGAAGAUGUUUGAAAGAAGCAAGAUGGUGACAAUAGCCACUGGUAUGGAUCUACUUAGUUAUUCUGUUUGUAUUUUCCUGUCAUCUGCUUCAUUGUACGUCCUUCAUCAUCUUCACAAGCCAGAAUAGAGAUUUCGGAUUCAGAGCUCACAUAAUGUAUUAGUAGCAUUGAUAAAAUUAUAUAUAAUGUAAUUGAUUGUAAUAUUGAAUAUCAAAAGCAGAUAUUCGAAACAACAAAAACGGUGCCCUCAGAACUACCUUAAGGAGAUUAAUGA